AUGUUUUUUAGGAAAAGCGCUAAGUUACUCUUAGUAAAUAGUAGAGCCACUGCCUUAUCAUUAGCAAAGAACUAUAAUUUUAUAAGUAAUUUGCGUUAUUAUUUAUGUGACUAUUUAUUAGAAGAGCAUGUGGGAAUCAACCAUUUUAUGAGUGAUUUAUUAGUGGUAAAUAAUGAAGAAAAAAAAUUAGAUUUAAAAAAAAGAGAAGAUCUUGAAUGUGUCUUUAAAUACAAAUGCGAAGAUUUCCAUGUGUACGAAAUUGAAAAGAACAAAAAUGUUUUAAAUUUAAAAUAUGUUAAAAGAAAAAUAUUAGAUGGUGAUGUAAUAAAGAACAAGGACGCAAAUAGAAUAAGAAAGCUCAGAAGUGAAGAUGAGUUACAGGAUCCAUGUGAGGAAGGGCGAAGAGAUAACGGGGAAGGAAAUAGCAAGCGAAGCGUAGUAAUUACUAACACGAAUUGUAUGAACAGCUUAUCAGAAAAGGAAGAGAUAGAGUGCUAUUAUAUAGCAAAACUUUAUUGUGAGAAUAAGAUAUACGAUGAAAAAAAGGAAUGGAUAAGUUUUAUUCUGUACAAGGUUAAUAAAGAUACACAAGAGGCAAUCAGAGAAAUUAGCAAAUAUUCUGACAUAGCAAUUAAAGAUUUUCAUUAUUCAGGGUUUAAAGAUAAGAGAAGUGUUUCUACGCAAGUAAUUACAACAAGUAGAAGUAAUAUGAAAAAAAUUAUUUGUAUCAGAAAUGAAUAUUUGAAAAAAAAAAACAAAAAGAUAUUAAUUUGUAAUAUUGAGAAGGUUGAUAAAAAAAUAGAAUUAGGGGAACAUUGUGGGAACCAUUUUAUAGUAGUUCUAAGGAAUGUUCAAACGAAUAAAGAUUAUUUAAGGAGUAGGUUAAGUGUUAUUAAAAAAUAUGGCUUCAUUAAUUAUUUUGGCAUGCAACGAUUUGGAGGCUAUAAAAAUACAUUCAAUAAGGGUAAAGCACUCAUAUGUAGAAAUUAUAAAGAGUACAUAAAUUUUGUUUUAGAUCCACAUAUCUUUGAAAAUAAAAUUUUUUAUGGAAAUAUUAUUAAAGAUAAUGUAACCCUUUGUUUGAAAAAUGCUUGUAAUAUAUACCAAAGAAAAAAAAAUGCUACUUUUGCCUUUCAAUAUUUUGUUCAAAGAAUGAACAAAAUACUCAGAAAAAACAAUGUUAUACCAAGUAGUAAGCUAAAUAAUCAUUUGUGCAUAAACAAAUAUUUGUGUUCGUACAUGACUAAUUCAGAGUAUGAAGCCUUUAUCCUUCUUCGUAAUUUGUACAUGUGUGAAAAAAAUAAUAAAAGAGGUGCAUUCUCAAACAUUGAACGUGAUGAUACAGCUGAGCAGCAUCAUUUAGUGAAUAGUUUUAAUAUAAACUUAAAUUUAAAUUUUAUUAGUGCUGGUGGUAGAGAAGAGAAAAAUAGGCACUUAAUAACGGGGCAGAUAAAUUGCAGACAUAUCAAACAAAAAGAAUAUAAUUUUUAUAAAAAUGAAAAGACAUGUGUUAAGGGAAUAAGUAUGGAAACAAGAAGAUUUCACAUGCAUUCAUACAGCGCAAAAAUAUUUAAUAUGUUAACAUCUUACAGAUUGGAAAAUUUUGGUGUGAAGUUAACAUGUGGUGACUAUGUUUUUACAAAAAAAAUCCAACCCGAAAUAGCUGAAACAAAAAAUCAACAUAACUAUAUAACUAUGUUGUAUGAUCAUAAUAAUCACUUAGAUGACCUAAAUAUUUAUAACGUCGUUUUACCUAUUUUAGGCACAUUGCCUAAUAGACUAUCCUAUUUAAAUAUUUUUAAACAGUUUUACAGAAAAUAUUUAGGACAAAAAGUUAGAAUUGUUUUUUUGGAAAUAUUAUUAUACUUAAUUUACACCUUACACGAAGAUAAUUUAUUUAGUGCCCACUGUAAUGUAUUAAUUGACAAUUAUGUUAAUAAUUUGAUAGCAAAAAACAGAAAAAAUAUUAAUCAAUCUAUUAUGUUAGCUAGCCAAAAUAUAUUAACCAGAGUUGUACCUAUUAAACAGACUUUAUAUAUAAUAAAAAAAUUCGAUACGUAUAUAAAUUCUUUUGAGUAUGAAUAUGGAAUGACUUGUGUUUUUAGAAAUGUAGUUGUAUUACCAAAAAAUUUAUAUUACUGUUUUUGUGAUUACAACGAACCCAAGGUAAAAUUUGUAUCCGAUUUAUACGCAGAUAACUUCAUAAAUAAUAAAAUUUUGAAUAUGCAAGAGGAAAACAAAGAUAAUUUUAACAUAAACGGUACUUGUAACACUGAUAAGCAAGGUACACAUGAUGGUGUUAUAGAUAAUACUCAUCGCGAAAGUUUUGCAUAUAAUAUUGUUGAAAAAAGUGAAAAAUUAAACAGUAAUAAUAAUCACUUAAUGGAAUAUUCAAAUUGUAAUGAUGAAAAUGUACAUACUCAAAUGGACGGUAAAGUAAAAAGUAUUCAUUGUACUUCUUUAAAAAGAAAAGAUGAACAUAUAGAUCCUGUAAACUUUCCAAAAGAUAUACUUGCACCGUGCAGAAAUAAGGGGUGGUGGAAAAAAAAAGAGAGGACAUAUACGUACAAUUUUAGCGCUCUAAUAUUAAGUUUUAAUUUAAACUCUUCUACAUAUGCUACUAUGCUAGUAAGAGAAUUAUAUGGAAAACGUAAUGAACUCUUAGUUCAUAAUUUAAUUAAAAAUUGUCAGAACUACGAUAAAAAAAUUGAAAGCUUAAGGCAGGGGAAAGAAGGUAGAGGUAAUUCCAGGGCAUCGAAAAUGAAGAAUUAA